CAAUGAAUAAUUAAUACCAAUAAAAGUCUUAGUUUCAUAACACAGGGCAAUCUAACAAAUGAUUGACUAGUAAACAUUGACUGACUCAGCCAUGUGACCCACAACCUGCUCUUGAGCUAACACAGACCUUCAGUAUAUAAACUCAGAUUCUGACAGCCAGAGUCACUCCCUCCUGAGCCACAGAUGAAAAUGGAGCUCCUGGGAGGAGCCACUGUUGUCCUCCUGGUAUGCAUUGCUUGCCUGCUCUCCUUUGCAGCAUGGAAAGGAAGGUCUGGGAAGGGGAAGAUGCCUCCAGGACCAGCUCCCCUGCCCAUUCUAGGUAACCUGCUGCAGGUGAAACCAAGUAACUUGGCCAAAACCCUCCAGAAGCUCAGUGAAGCGUAUGGACCAGUGUUCACAGUGCACAUGGGCUCUGACCCAGUGGUGGUGCUGCACGGAUACGAUGUGGUGAAAGAAGCCUUGAUUGAUCGUGCAGACGAGUUUGCUUCCAGGGGACACAUGCCAAUUGGAGAGAGGACUAACAAUGGAUUAGGGAUUAUUUUCAGCAACAAUGAGCCAUGGUUGCAAGUCCGGCGGUUUUCUCUCACCACUCUGCGGAACUUUGGAAUGGGGAAGAGGAGCAUUGAAGAGAGGAUACAGGAGGAAUCUGACUACUUGCUGGAAGAGAUCCACAAAACAAAGGGAACAGCUUUUGACCCAACCUUCAUGCUGAGCUGUUCUGUCUCCAAUGUCAUAUGCUCCAUUAUCUUUGGGAGACGAUAUGAUUAUAAAGACAAGAAGUUCCUGGCUCUGAUGGACAACAUGAACAACAUCUUUGAGAUGAUGAACUCCCGCUGGGGACAGCUCUACCAGAUGUUCUCAAAUAUCAUGGAUUACCUGCCUGGCCCACACAACAAUAUAUUUGCAGAAUUUGAUGCUCUAAAAGCCUUUGUAGCAGAGGAGGUGAAGUUGCACCAAGCCUCCCUAGAUCCCAACUCCCCUCAGGAUUUCAUCGACUGCUUCCUCAGCAAAAUGCAGGAGGAGAAAGACCAUCCCAAUUCUAGUUUCCACAUGAAGAACCUGGUAACAAGUGCUUUUGACUUGUUCAUUGCUGGAACUGAGACAACAAGCACAACUGUACGAUAUGGGCUUCUGCUUCUUAUCAAAUAUCCAAAGAUACAAGAGAAAAUUCAAGAAGAGAUUGACCAGGUAGUAGGACGAUCAAGAAAACCCUGUGUGGCUGACCGGACCCAGAUGCCCUACACAGAUGCCGUGGUCCAUGAAAUCCAGCGCUUCAUCACUCUUGUCCCCCUGGCUCUCCCUCACACUGUGACCAAAGACACCAGCUUCAGAGACUACGUCAUUCCUAAGGGCACCACGAUUUACCCUGUCCUCGCUUCUGUCCUCUACGACAGUAAAGAAUUUCCAAACCCACAUGAGUUCAAUCCUGAACAUUUCUUGAAUAAGGAUGGCAGCUUUAGGAAGAGCAACUACUUCAUGCCCUUCUCAGCAGGAAAACGAAUUUGCCCAGGAGAGGGCCUGGCACGAAUGGAGAUAUUCUUACUCAUAGCCACCAUCUUGCAGAACUUUACUUUGAAGUCUGUUGUCAACCCCCAGGAGCUCAGCAUAACCCCAAUUCUGAGUGGGAUAGGCAAUGUACCUCCUGACUUCCAGCUCUGUGCUUUCCCCCGCUGAAAAGCACUGAACCACUCUCCACUGGCCUGAAAAUGGCCAUUGCUUUACAUGUUCUUUACUAAAAUCAACAGCAGGAGCAUUGGCCCACCUUUCCCAGGCCUUCAGGAAGGCAGUCCAAACACAGGAACAAAGUAGAGACCUUUGAAGCCUCCAGACCUCCACCAAACCGCAGGAGGCCCUGGGUGACAUUGCAGCCUCUGGCACUGCUGCUCUGUCCCCGGAUCAUUGAGGACAGUGGCUGCAUCAAACAGCCACUCUUGGUUUUCUCACCAACACAGCUCCCGUGGCAGCACCUGCAGCACGUGUCCCACCAAGACCUGGCUUUGCAGAUGGACACUGCUGCACGUGUGUACAGUCAUGUAAAUAUCCAAUCCAAUAAACACAAAUCUGUUUAUGACGAUUUGAGCUGUUCUUUAAUUUGGAUUGGGGCAGUGCCCACAUCUGCUGCUGCACUGCAGAGUAGGUCUGCAGAGCCUGUGGCCAGCAGCCUGUGGGAAGGGCUGCCUCUCCUGGGCAAGGAUCCUGCCUUUGUCAUCCACUGUGCUCACUGCUGCUGCCUGCAAGGAGCUCCAGAGCAGCCACAGCACACCACCAUUCGGGAAGGCUCAUAGUGCUGGAGGAGAAUGGUAUCCUGCAGCCUGUCUGCCAAAUGAAAUGAAUACAUUCAUGCUUUUUGCAGCCUGUUGCAAGGAGAUCACUUACCUGAGCAUUGGAGGCUGCAGCCAACUCUCUGUUGGCUGUUUUCUACCAUCAGUAUCACUGCAUGGAUUUAGGUACUCUUAAUUAAAAUAAAUGGAAUUAGGAAAAGGGUAGUGUCUCUUAUUUCCAACUCCAGCUACAAUUUGGUGCCCUUCUUUCAGUAAAUGGCCAGAUGGUUUUCAUAAAAAUAUUCCAUACCAGAUUACUUCAUCUGGGCUUCUUUGCUCCUGUGGCCCUUUGUUGAGUCAGGAUGUACAGUUUGUCUUGAUCUUCAUUUGCAUAGAUACUUGUCCCCUGCAUCAUGAUCAUAUAAAAGUCCUAGUGGCAAAAUAUAAUUUCUGUGAUUGAUUGUCAUGUGGUACUCAGAGACCACGUGAGUACUGGAGAGAAAAGAGUGUGCAAGAAUUCCCACCUCCCAUUGGAAAAGUUUAGCAUUAUUUUGAUGGAAAUAUCACAUUUGCCCACAGCUCAGGUCCAUCCCUCUUUCUUCCUCCAUUUGUUCCCAUGAAGACUGCAGCUCUAAUGCCU